CAAAGGGCUACUGCUCGUCGUAGAUGUCCGACAACAGCAGCCUCAUCAUUGAGAGGCGGCUGCUUCAUAAGCAAACACCAUCCAAGGUUGGUGACAGUACUACUAAGGAGGAUGAUAAUGCUACAUCAAUGGGCGCUCAAACCGAGGGAAUCUUGACCCGCGGGAAGGCCGCUGCUCUUGCGGCAGCAGCAACAACAACAGCAGGCGUAGGGAGUUCCCCGAGGAGUGGUAUGGACAAGGAUGAUACUACUCCAGUGGAGGAUGCUAAUGGACCUGCAACUGCCGAUAGCGAGAAUGCUGUAAUACCCAGCGUUAAAGAGCAGCAACCUAUUGAAGGAGGACCAGUUGUGGGUGGCGCGGCAGCUACUCUAUUGCAACAGGGGAGUAGUAGAAAGGAUGCUGAUGAGGCGCAUGAUACUGCAAAAGCUCUUGGCUUGGAUCCGAACCUAUCUGCUACCUUGUUGCCUGCCUCGGCUCAACCUUUUCUUUCGGACAUCCCUGUAGAGAAGCCUAGUGCAUCUGAGAUUAGACGGAACCUUACUCCUAGAGAGGCACGGCAAUUAGCAGAGCUACAAUACCAUGAGCAGCUACGGGCAUAUCAGAGAUGGGUAGCAGCUGUGGCUGAUGCUAUGAGGGAGAGGGCUACUGCAACUGCAGCAGCAAUGGAGGAAGGAGAACAUCAUGAACAAGGGGUGGAUGAAGGGGGUAAUGGUAGUAUAGAUGGAAAGGAACAUGUAGAGGCAACUGAAGUGGGUAAUAAGAGGCCUUCAUCACAUGGGGUAGCUGGUCAUCAUGAUCAUGUAUCCUCACCAGUGAGGAAGAUUCCAAAGACUAGUCCAGCGACUAAUUCACGGGAGACAUUUGAUAAGUCAGCAACUGGUACCUCCCUACCAUCAUCAUCGAUGCCCAGUUCGUCAUCAGCGGCCGACAUUACUACAAGCGUAUGACUGGUAUUGAUGAUCUCCUAAUGAAAGCAUUAUAUUAUUCAAUAACAUAUUCCCACCUAUCUCAGUACUGGGCUACUCUAUUAUCCCACUACGUUCAUGUAGCAUCCUGACAAUACUCGUAGUAAAUCGUCACU